AUGGACGACUCAUCGCGACACGGCGUCGAAAUCUUGCUUUCGUCUUCGUCGUCACCAGAACUCGUUUGUUGGUUCGUGUUUGUCACGCAGGACGUGCUGACGCUGUGGUCGCAUCAGUUUACGUACGUGUAUGCGAGCAAUGCCAGUGUGCUCACUCGUCGCGCGGGUGUGUAUGAUGCAACCGUUGUGCAUUAUCAACUGCCCUGUCCGAGUGGCGUGUUGGCCAUUAACAGCUUUAACCGCGCCAUUACAUUGAUGGGGAUUGUCGUCGGAAGCAUAUGUUUGAGCUACUUCCUUCAGACGUUUCACCGCGGCCGCGUCGAACCCGCCACCACGUCGCGCUUACUGUCAAGCUCGGCCAAUCAUGUCUUCACACGAAAGGCAAAGUGGACGUUAAAUGGCGUCCAAUUCGUCGACCGAGCGUCGGCGUUGCUCUCCGGACUAGUUGUGUUUGGCUCCAGAAAAGACAACGACCACAUUCUGGACGUCAAGACCUGGAGGCGACAUGUCAUCCCUCGUCCUACUUUUGUCGACGAGCAGUUGAAGCUACCUGUGCCAGCACGAUUUGCGCACGCAGUUCCCCUACUCGAGUAA